UGAUUGCCUGGACGGUCGGACCAGCCGGCCGGCGGCAGAGGUGUCUCGACUGCGCGCCCGGUCGGCGCUGCGCGGACGCCGCAGUCAGCGGGGAUGGGUACGUCGCCGUCGGUGGCCAGACAGUGACCUUGACACGUACUCAGUGCUAGUGUGACCAGGUCAGGUUGGAGAGAGAAGAACGCAGCCGUCGUCGCCGACGCUGACUCGACGGCCGCCGCUCCGCGCCGGACGCUACACCAGGAACCAUCCAAGACGGACCCGAUGAUCAAGUAUAACCUGACCGAGUUUCCGGACGAUCAGGAUGGCGAGUGUCCGCUGGAUCCCGUCAACACGGGACGGACACACGUCCGCUUCCACUCGGGCAAGUCGAUCUGGGCGAGCCGGAGCACGCUGGAGAAGGUGCUGGCCGUGCUCUGUCUGGUGCUGCUCGCCAUCGUCGUGCUGCUCGUCGUGCUGAUGGCCAAGCAGGACCAGAACAUCAUGUACCUGCACCUCGGCCACGACAUGGCACACGAUCACAAGGACGUAUGCCUGUCUCGGGCGUGUGUGGACGUGGCUGCGUCUAUCCUGUCGGCAGCAGACUUCACUGCCGACCCGUGCCAAGAUUUCUACCAGUACGCGUGCGGCGGCUGGGUUAAGGCCAACCCGAUACCCCACGGUCAGAGCACGUGGGGAACGUUCGGCAAAUUGUGGCAGCAAAACCAGCUCGUCAUCAAAAACGUACUCGAGUCACCACCCGAAGAGCUGGCCAAUGACGCCGAGCGGAAGGCACAGACCUACUACCGUUCCUGUGUGGACUCAAACGGCACAGCCGAGGCGCGCGGCGGAACACCGCUUCUGGAGCUCAUUGAGCGCAUCGGUGGCUGGAACCUGACCGGAUCAAACUGGAGCGCAGGCAGCUGGGACUUCCAGCGGACCCUGCAGCGUCUGCACAACGAGUUCAACGCCGGGCCGCUCUUCACCUGGAGUGUGGUCGAGGACGACAAAAAUUCGUCCAGCUACGUCAUACAGGUGGAUCAGGGGCGUCUGACUCUGCCGUCGAGGGACUACUACAUCAACAAAACGACCGCGGACGACCACGUGCUGGCUGCCUACCUAGACUACAUCACAAAGGUUGCCGUGCUGCUGGGUGGUAACGAGGAGGAGGUGCGGCGUCAGGCCAAUGACGUCAUCCGUCUGGAGACGGAGCUGGCCGAGAUCAUAACGCCGUCCGAUGAGCGUCGCGACGAGGAGGCCAUCUAUCACAAGAUGACCAUUGCCGAACUGCAGGAGACGGCGCCGCUGGUGGACUGGUUUGUUUUCUUCCAAGACGCCUUCAGCCAGGUGAAUGUGACACUACCUCACAACCUUCAAGUGGUCGUGUACGCACCCGAGUACCUCUCCAAGCUGUGCGACUUACUCAAGGAGAAGUACUUGUCAACGCUGCGAGGAAAAGUCAUCCUCAACAACUACAUGAUGAGCAAGUCGGGCGGCGGUCUGGUGCGCUGUCUCAGCAAGGCGUUCCGCGACGCCUACAAGAUGCUGCGUAAGGCGUUGGUCGGCACUGACGAGGACGAGGAGACCUGGCACUAUUGCGUCGACGACACCAACGCCGUGCUCGGCUUCGCGUCCGGCGCCAUGUUUGUGCGACAAAACUUCAAAAGCGCCUCCAAGCAGCUGGCAGAAGAGAUGAUUGAAGACGUGCGUACUGCUUUCAUUGAAAACACCAAAAAGCUUCAUUGGAUGGAUGAGGAGACGAGGAGAAAGGCAGAGGAUAAAGCAGAGGCCAUAACGAAGAUGAUGGGUUUUCCACCGGAAAUAUUGGACUCUGACUAUCUGAAUGACAAGUACGCCCUGCUGGAGGUCAAAGAAAACGAAUACUUUGAGAACAAUAUACGGUUCAGCAAGUUUGCACUGAUAAAAAAUCUAAUGAAAUACGGACAGCCCGUAAAUAAAACAAGGUGGGACAUGACGCCGCCUUCGGUGAACGCCUACUACUCUGCGUCACACAACAUGAUCGUGUUCCCGGCGGGCAUCCUUCAGGCGCCCUUCUACGACCCUCAGUACCCGAGGUCGCUCAACUUCGGAGCCAUGGGCGUCGUCAUGGGCCACGAGCUGACGCACGCCUUUGACGACCAGGGUCGAGAGUAUGACAAGUACGGCAACAUGAACCAGUGGUGGAACAACGCGACCAUCAACCGCUUCAAGGAGCGCACCAAGUGCAUGGUGGAGCAGUACUCGCAGUACAAGAUCGGCAACCUCACGGUCAACGGACGCCAGACGCUAGGUGAAAACAUCGCGGACAACGGCGGUUUGAAGGCGUCGUUUGACGCGUACCGGCUGUACCGCAAGGCCCACGGAGAGGAGGUGCCACUGCCCGGCGUCAACCUCACGCACUCGCAGCUCUUCUUCCUCAGCUUCUCACAGGUGUGGUGCUCGGCGGCGACCCCGGAGGCGGAGCGGGUCACGGCCCUGAACGACGGCCACGCGCCGGCCCGGUACCGCGUCAUCGGCACGCUCUCAAACUCUGAGGACUUCGCCCGAGAGUACCGCUGCCCGCUCGGGUCGAACAUGAACCCGAACAGCAAGUGCCAGGUCUGGUGAGCGGCCAGGAAGGAGGUACGGCUAGCGUCGGAGAGUGACGGCCAAGAGGCAGGGAUGGUCAUGCCAUGCGAGUGGAAGGCGCAACGCCGUAGGGUAGGCGGGAGCAAAGUAGCUUCGGACGAGAGGAUGGGAUAGUCCCAGCGGCAUGAGGAACGAUAAAAUGCGCAGCUGCUUCCUGAGCUGUGGUAGGGGCUGUACGUGCGUAGGGAGGUCCAAUGCCAGGGUAUGGAUGAAUCUAGGUGCGAGUGUUUCUUGUGUAGUGGGCUUUGGUAGCGGCCUGUAUUGGAAUGAGGGCUGGACGAUCAUCAGGUGGUCUUCAAAGUUCAAUCUUCACUAACUGAAACGAUGGUUCACCAUCGGAGGCCUCAGAAUCCAAAAGCGUCCAUCCCCGGGCACAAAUCCCAACAUACCAUCUCCAAAAUGUAAAGGUGUGUGGUCCAGGAACUACCCUAAAAUCCACGAUGGGAACUUCGGACACGGGUUCGAUGAGCGAAACAUACCCACUGGGUUUCUCACAAGGUCGUGUAUGAGGGGACGCGGAUGCUCGAUGCCAAACACUGGGCGUGUGUGUGUGUGUUUGUGUAUGACACCUCGUGUAUAUGACGCCGGCAGCAGCGCCACCGAUGCUAGUCUCAACCCAGCGCCCAUUCCGGCGGUGUUUGUAGAAAGUUCUCGCCACCAUCGCGAGCUGCUCUCUUUGUUAUCAGUCUAGACACACGGCGAGGCCGUAGAAACAACAUCCGCGUCCGCGGUUGUUUACUAGAGCGCUCGUGUAGCGCGGUGGAUACCAAAGUCGAUGACCGUUCGAGCUGAGCAGGCUGUUAGAUGGGCACCGCACGCCGGUGCCCCUGGUGUCAUUCUAGUCCUGUUGGUAAGCGUUUGUUAACCGACGAUACGUGUUGUGUAGCGAAUAUCUUACUGGACAUUGACGUAGGUCCUCCUUUGCGGGAGGAAUCGACAAGCUGGACGUUCAGGCUUGUGUAAAUACGCGUAACGCCCACCCAGUGGAUAUGCUUGCGAAAUAUAUCGGUAUGGUUUAGGGAUAAUUCACGAGGUCGAUCACCAGUGAAUUAUAAAUUGAACGUAAACGUUGUGGCGUUUCAUGCAUUGUGCCCACUUGGUCGGAUGCUUUUAGAGUUCAGACGUUUUUAAUGUUUAGUUUCAGGUGCUUUGCUAGGAGCUCCAAAAGAAAGCGGUGCUUUUUGGUGGCAGGUUAUGCCUUUUGUCAUUUAUGACAAGAAGGUAUAGGGCAGGUAUAGCCUAGUUUUGAGCGAAGCGUUAUGAUUUGUCAUCCCUAUGUAGAUAAGCUGUGCCAGCAUUGGUACAGGUCAGAUACAAAAAGGUAAAUGUGAAAGGUUACGUUUCAAACAUUUCAGUUUCAUACGUUCAAUGUCAUACGUAGCAUUUCAAAAGCUGGCUGCAUAGCCCUGUUUAUUGACUAAAUGCAGGGUCGCACACCUAAUUAUAUUUCAUUGCACACUUCAUGUCUUGACAUGCAUUCGUAACCCAAGGUGAUGAAGGAACACGUCAUUUUUUGUGAGGACAGUACUUUUAGCAGGUCAAUCCCUCAAUCUAAAAAAUUGCCACAAAUUUUUGUUGAAACAGUCAUGGAAAUGCGCUGAGAUGGAAUCGCUUUGCAUUGUUGCUUUUGCUUUUGCAGGUUACGUAUAAAUUUAUUUGCUCGGAACAUACCUACGCUUAAAUUCUAGGGAGCAAUCAUGAGAUUAGGCGCCUUAGCUGUAACUUGUAGCCUUCCAAUACUUUGGAAAACGUGAUUGCUUUGUUUUCAGUCAGAGCUUGAGCCUCUGGCACACCCCUUGACCUUUUUUUGUUAUGCUACCUUCUUUUAAAUAGGUAUGUCUCACAGCUACCGUCAGCUUAUGGCACACAUCAUUCUGUUUUGCAUCAUUAUGUGGUCGCUUGAGAGCGGAUAUGAGCACUGUGUAAUUAUUAUGAGGUGACGUUGUAUACGCAUGUUGCAUAUCCUCGAGUCCAAUGGUACUGUUGUAAUAUUUUGCGAGUCGCAACUCUGUGUUUUACGGCUGCAAACAUUCGUGUGCGUGAAAAUAUAUUUUUGUGGUU